AUGUCAGAAUCCAUACCAUCUCGCCCCGAAAACCCAGAAACGACGCGAGUCAUUAUCGUCGGUGCAGGCCUCGGAGGCCUCGCCUGCGCUAUGGCUAUGCACUACGCGGGCUUCGAAGUCAUCGUAUUCGAAAAAGUGCGCGAAUUCCUACGUCUCGGAGACUCACUCGGUCUAGGGGAGAAUGCGCUCAAGCUUCUAAAACGUUGGGGUUUGUAUGAAGAGUUGAUUGCAAUUGGGAAUAAGAAUCCUGUUAUGAACAUUCGUCGCUGGGAUGAUGGGAAGAUCAUGGCGACGCAGCCACUUAUGGAUAUGGCGGGCUACAUCGGACACCGAGGCGAUUACCACGUCGCAUUCAUCAACCGAGUAAAGCAGCUCGGAAUACCAAUCAACAUGGGUCACGAGAUAGUUUCUUUCGACGAAGAUGCACCAAGUGUCACGCUCAAAGACGGAAGAACAUUCUACGCAGACUUGAUCGUUGGGGCCGACGGCAUCAAGUCCAGGGCUCGAGAACUCGUACUCGGUUUCAGCGAUGCGCCCAAGAGUUCUGGAUAUGCAUGCUACCGUGCAUACUUCAAGGGUGAGAUCCUCAAGGAUGUCCCGGCAUGCCAGGAGUACUUGAAGCAGGAUUGCGUAAAUAUAUGGAUUGGCGAAGACAAACAUCUCGUCCAGAAUACGCUACGUGACGGAGAAGAGUUCAACUGGAUUAUCACCCACAAAGAUACCGCAGACAUUCAAGAAAGUUGGUUUCAGCCCGGUAACAUGGAUGAUGUGCGCGAACUUGUACAAGGUUGGGACGAAUCGAUUGCAUCAGCGGUUAGAGCCACACCUAGUUGCCUAGAUUGGAAGAUUUGUUAUAGAGCCCCGUUGCCAACGUGGGUGAGUAAGAGUAGUAAGAUCGCUUUGUUGGGUGACAGUUGUCAUCCCCAUCUUCCAACAAGUGCGCAAGGAGCUUCACAGGCUACAGAGAGCUCGGCAGUGUUGGCGCUGUGUAUGAAGUUGGCUGGAAAGGGCAAUGUUCCAUUAGCAACUAGGGUAUACGAGAAACUGCGGUUCGAUCGAGUGCGACAGUCGCAGCUAUCUGGCGAAGAUCUGAGGAACAGAUGGCACAAUGCUCUGAAGCAUAUGGAUGACGGUACAGAAUUCGACCCAGAUGACAUAAAGAUUAAGAAUCGAUGGCUAUAUCCGUACGACGCUGAGGAGGAUACGAAAGCCCGAUGGGGUGAAGUCAGCUCAAAAGUACAACAGGAGCUCGACUCGGGCGAAAUAACUCCUCUCUUUGGCGAAGAUGGUCCUACUCGGGUUUUAACUGUACGAGACGCAUAUGGAAAGGUCAAGGAUGUACCACCAAGCCAGAGCUCAUUACUUACCUCCAGUUUGACUGUUUAA